AUUAAACUCGGGAGAAGAAUCUCCCCAAUAAUAUGGUCGAGCGGAGCACGCACACAUAUCACCUCUCAUCGAUCCGGCCAAAAGCGAGGCGAAAGACCAUCGAUCUCGCCGCAAAAGAUACAAGUGGAACUGCGGAGAGGAGCAAAGCGAGCGCAUCGCGCAGGGGGCGCUCCAGCUUUUCUCCCACUCAAAAGAAUACACAUCGCCACACCGCAUAGCCUAGCUAUUAGCUAACUAACAAUUCCGCAUAGGCGCACAGGCCAGCUGAUCCCCUACGUAGGAGUACGUGCAGCUCGCCGGCCAUUAAAAUCCCUCGGCGCCACGUUGCGGUAACCCUCAUGUUGCCCCCUCGCCGUAGCUUACAUGGAUACGCUGUUUAGGUUGGUUAGCCUCCAAGCCUCCGAGCAGCAGCAGCAGCAGCAAUCGGCGUCGUACAACUCCAGGAGCACCACCUCCAGCGGCUCCCGGUCGUCUUCCCACCAGACCAACGCCUCCUACAACUACUACCACCACAGCACCAGCAGCGGCGGCGGGGGCGGGGGCGGCGGCGGCGGGCAGUACUACUACAGCCAGCAGCAGCCGCAGCAGUCCUACUACCUGGAGCCGUACCAAGAAGAAUGCGGUGGCAACGCCCACCAGCACCACCUCUACAUGGAUGAAGACUUCUCCUCCUCGUCCUCGUCGAGGCAGCACUUCCACUCGCACGGCGGGGCGGCCGGCCAGCCGCCCACGUCGUCUGCCACGCCCACUGCGCCCACGCCCCCGCUCUCCACAUCGUCCACGGCUGGCGGGGCGGGCCACGCGCUCUUCGAGGCGGCCGACCUGUCUUUCCCGCCGGACCUCAACCUCGACUUCUCGUCCCCGGCGUCAUCGUCCGGCGCUGGGGGUACAGCGUCAUCGGGCGCGGUUGGGGGAGGUGGCGGCGGGAGGUGGGCCAGCCAGCUGCUCAUGGAGUGCGCGCGCGCCGUUGCUACGCGCGAGAGCCAGCGCGUGCAACAGCUCAUGUGGAUGCUCAACGAGCUGGCGUCGCCGUACGGGGACGUGGAGCAGAAGCUCGCGUCCUACUUCCUGCAGGGUCUCUUCGCGCGGCUCACAGCGUCCGGUCCCCGGACGCUGCGCACGCUCGCGGCGGCGACCGACCGGAACACAUCCUUCGACUCCACGCGCCGCACCGCGCUGCGGUUCCAGGAGCUCAGCCCCUGGUCGUCGUUCGGGCACGUGGCCGCCAACGGUGCCAUACUGGAAUCUUUCUUGGAGGCCGCGGCCGCGUCGUCGGAGCCGCAGAGGUUUCACAUCCUCGACCUCAGCAACACCUUCUGCACGCAGUGGCCGACGCUGCUCGAGGCCCUGGCCACGCGGUCCCCCGACGACACGCCGCACCUGUCCAUCACCACCGUCGUCUCGGCCGCGCCGUCGGCUCCGACGUCCGCCGUGCAGCGCGUCAUGCGGGAAAUCGGGCAACGCAUGGAGAAGUUCGCGCGGCUGAUGGGCGUGCCCUUCCGCUUCCGCGCCGUGCACCACUCCGGGGACCUCGCGGAGCUCGACCUCGACUCGCUCGACCUGCGCGAGGGCGGCGCAAACACCGGCAUCGCCGUCAACUGCAUGAACUCCCUGCGCGGCGUGGUGCCGGGCGGUGCCCGCCGGCGCGGGGUGUUCGCCGCGUCCCUCCGCCGCCUCGAACCUCGGAUCGUCACCGUGGUCGAGGAGGAGGCAGACCUGGUGGCGACCGACCCCGACGCGUCCGACGAAGGCUGCGACACGGAGGCGGCAUUCCUGAAGGUGUUCGGCGAGGGCUUACGGUUCUUCUCGGCUUACAUGGACUCGCUAGAGGAAAGCUUCCCCAAGACCAGCAACGAGAGGCUGGCAUUGGAGAGGGGAGCAGGGCGCGCCAUUGUGGACCUGGUCUCGUGCCCAGCGUCGGAGUCCAUGGAGCGGCGGGAGACGGCGGCGGCAUGGGCGCGGCGCUUGCGGUCGGCCGGGUUCUCACCGGUGCCAUUCAGCGAGGACGUAGCCGACGACGUGCGGUCACUACUGCGCCGGUAUCGGGAGGGCUGGUCGAUGCGGGAGGCCAGCACGGAUGAGUCGGCGGCCGGAGCUGGCGUGUUCCUCGCGUGGAAGGAGCAGCCUCUGGUGUGGGCAAGCGCUUGGAGGCCAUGAUCGAGAUGGAGAUGGAAAUGGAGCGAGGUCAGCAAUGCACGUGCAAGGAUUGGAUGCAGCCAUGCAUUGGGUCCUCAGAUCAACGGUACGCGCAUGUAGGGUUUUGAAGCGGCGCAGGCAAGCGUAGGAAGGCGACAGACAUUAAUGGAUAGCUCACGUACGUAUGUUGGAGGUGAUCGAGGAGGUGGGUGAUCAUAGCUUUAGCUCUUAGACUCGCAUCGAUUUUUAUCAUCGUUCGCCACAAGUUCUUGGCGUACGCCAUGAUUUGAUUUGUUUCCUUAAUUUCUUUGCUCUUUGCUUUGUGUUUUCGUCUUGUAAGGUUAACAAAUUAUUCUUCCAUCCUUUUGGAGCAAACUUACGUGCAUGCUUCUGUCA